AUGAUCACCGAACCCUGCCGCCACCCCUCCAAGACCCCUUGGCUGCGCGCAGAAAGAGCGGAUUUCGCUGCGCAUUUCGCCGUGGUGCCGCUCGAAGAGGCAGAGGCGAGGCGGGGCACGGGGAGUCCGUCACGAGCUCGAGGCUGGUGGACGGUCGAGGCUGGGAUGCCGGGACGCGCGUUUUCGGUGAACGGGAGGGGCCCGCCGCCUGCGGUGUGGCACGGGCCCGGCUACGAGCAGGGCGCUCUCUUGGGUGGCCAGCCUGCUGUCAUGACGAAUGCUUCCCUAUCAUAUGCCGAGGAGCGGAGGAUGCUGAAUGCAGAGCACAUGGCCGAGGAGAGGAGGGUGCAGGCACUUGUGAAGGACCGUGUGGUCUUGUUCUUUCAGCAGUACCGGGAGAUCGUGAUUGAGCGGUUCGGAACGGAGCGUCGCAACAUGAGUCAACACGAUCUGGACUUCCUUCUGAGUCAUGCCUUCAAUGACGAAGUCGCGCGGUUGACGCCACCAGAGCUGCUGCCCACACAGCAGCUGAACCAGCAGCUGAGAGGCCAGCCAAGAUACAGAUUAGUAUUCGCGCACGAUUGCCAAGCCAAGUCCUGCAACGAUCCGUCAUGCCCCCUCUGCCUGAACAACCCCAAGAGACCAUGUGGGGUCGAGAUCUUCAAGAGGAAGUACUUCGAGCAUGACGUCAUUAUUGCAAAUUGCAAGGGUCCGAUCAAGCUGCAGCUGUGCGAUGCCCAAACAGGCGAGGUUGUCAAAAUCAACAUUACAGUAGAGCUGUUCAUGCUGAAGGGCACUGCCUACGACCAAAAUUUUCCCGCGGGCAUUCCCCACUGUGCCUGUGACGCCAUUGGAGCAUGCGCUCUCCUGAUGGUCAGGGGUGAAGACAAGGACGACAGAUCAAAGGUGGAGACGCCAUUGCUACUAUCUGACAACAUUCCGAAUCAGCCCAAUGGGAAGUUGCACAUUUGUCUCCAGGAUGGAGAGGCAGUGCUCCCGAGCGUCAAAGUCUUCAAGAGCAGUGAGGCACUGCUGGGCGGGCGGAAAACGCCCUAUCGGCUGUACGCGGGCAUCCCAAGGGACUCCUCCACGCUGCUUCCUGAGACUGUUGCUCCGGCCGUUGAUCCGCUAGGCUUCGUCGUUGCCACCCAAAGGGCCAAACUGCAAGAAAAAAAGGGAAGACCUUUCCUUGCUGACCCGAUUGCCAGCCUGGAUCAGAUUGGAGGACGGAGAGUGGAAACACUUGGGUGCUUGGAUGCGAAGAUUGACCUUCCCGCUGGCGUUCUGGGGAAGGUGCACACAGUCAAAGACUUUCUUACCCUCGGAAAUGAUCUCCAAAGACAUCCACAUCACAAGAAAGAAAUUCUUACCCUUCUGAAAAUGAACGACCUUCAGUGGGCGGAGGCGUGGAAACACGCCAAGACUGCAGUGCAGGCGGACAAUAAGCUUCGAGUGUGGUGGUUCACCAAUACAGAGGGGCUGCUGUAUGAGUGCGAGACUGGGGAGGUGAAGCUGAAGGGCCCAGCAGGCUACAUAAGCUGCGGGGAAACCCCACAUGCGAUGCCGUGCUCGGACUUCCCACCUGAUCAGCAGGAGAGCCUAAACGACCUGCACAAGGACGCAUUGAGGAGCUACGGAAUGCCCGGACAUCCUGGGUGGGAGGUGUACCCGUACGACUCCAUCGACUUCAAGGCCAAACCAAGUGCUAUCCGAAUCGCGCGUCCAACAAAGCUGAUUAUCCCACUGCCCAAGGUUGAAGGUGAACCUGAGGCUGCCGAUUCUGGGCGGAUUGUGAGUGGGCUGUCAGAGCUCUCCCUUGAUGACUCGCGCUUCAACAGUUGUCUCGGUUCUGGGUUGAACUGUUUCAGAGGUGGCUAUUCCUACCCAAAGGAUACCUUUUCCUACCCCAAGGAUGAAAUGUCAAUGGAGUCCGUAGAGGUUGAAGGUGAGGCAGCUGGAGCAACAGCCAUGGCCGAAGCCUUUGGCAGUCCACAAUCAGAGUACCCCAUGGACUCUACACUGAUGCCUCAUCCAGGGGACCCAGGCUGCUCGAUGCCGCCGCCACAGCCCCGCAUCCCUCACUCUCCUCCAGACAGCGCCUUCACCGCCCCGUCGCGCCCCACCUCCCUCCAGCAGCAGCCCUGCUGCUACUCCAGGCCCGACCAGUUCAACGACCACCGACUGACGAUCAAUCCAGCCAUGGCCCCGCCCAUGCACAUCGCCGGCCAAAUUGCCCUAAACAUAAAGCCGAAAGAGGCGCAAACCGAUCCAAAUGGCGAGCGCGGCGCGGAGCAGUUUGAAUUUGACCCCGGACGGGAUCAGUUCCAGCCAGAUACGUCGGUACAUGCCGCCCACCGCGCGUUUGCCGAAGACGGCAUUGGGCAGCCGUUUCAAGAUGUGGACGAGAUGCCCAUCAACUCAGAGGACCUGGGGAGCUGGAGGUGUCUCCCGACCAGCGGGGAGCAAUUCUGCGAGGUGGAAACCGCCAAGUCCAUGCUGCAAACUCAGAGGGACCCCUCUCAGUUCCCCCAUCCAAACGACGGAACGUAG